GAAUGAUAUUAAUUUUUUUCUAAACACUAGGUUAAUUUAGUAUUUUUUCUUAAAAAAUAUGAAAUUUAAAUAACGAUUGUGUCCAUAUUUAAAAAAAGUUGUUUUGUCUGAAGUUGGGUACAAUACCUACUAAGUCUGUGGAAAAGACUAAAUAUUCAAAAUGUUACAGGUUAUAAAUGGAUCUUUACUAAUCUAUUUUAUUAUUUUAUGCGCGUUGAACGUAUUGAUAUCUCACUUGGUAAAACCUAUUGCAGCAUGUUUUAAUAAACCAUCAUAUGAAGAAAGAACAUUAUGGGCAGAGAUAUUAAGGCUUAAAACAGAGCAGAAGAAAAUGUCUAUGAAGGAUGAAUUUGCUGCGUAUUCAAAAUUGCAACGGAAGAUCAACAAGUUAGAAGGACAAUUGAAAGAUGAUUCACAGUCACGGAUGAGCAAAAGUCUAGCUGUCAAAAGUUCUGUUCAAAUCAUACUUCAAGUUACAUUGGCAUUGGUGACAGUGAUAUCAGUAAUAUGGUUUAGACGUGAACCAAUCGUAACACUGGAAACUAAUCUUUUUCCUUUGACAACUUUCUUAAGAUAUCCUAGUGAUAUACCUAAUGCUAUUUCAACACAUGUGUGGGUAAUAAUUACAAAUGUAUCACUAAGGUCUUUGUUAAAACCAAUUUUAUAGGUAGUAAAAUAAAACAAUAAAGUUAAUAAUCAACUAUUUAUUUAAAGUACAAGAUAAAAAAUCAACUCAGUCAAACUGUUUCCUUUCCGGGAUUAUUAAAUACCAAUUUUCCAAUCUUAUACAUACGUAUAAACAUAUACAUAAUAAAAAGCACUAUCUCCAAGAAAUUAUAUCUACUAAACACUUAAUUUAUUUGCAUUAUAAACAAUAUUUUUUGGCUGUUGUGAUGAGUUUAGAAUAAAAACUUAUUUUUAAAUAUUUCUAUUUAAAAAAUUAAGUUGUGGAUAUUGAAUACCUAAUUCCUUAGUUGUAAAUCAACACUUGGAAUUCUUAAAUUUUUCGAACAUUUAUAAAUCUUUAACAUAAUAAUCAACAUUUCUGUAAUUUACUUACAUUAAUUAUACUUUAAACAAAUGACUGAAGGUUAUGCUUCCCUAAGAAAGUAUUUUAAAACAACGAUUUUACAUAAGCAUAUGUGACAUCAGACACCUCAACAUUGAAAGCCUUCGAUAAAAAUAUAUAAAUGUAUAUUAUUCAUAAAAGAAUAAAUUUAUCCAUUUGGAACUUACUAAUUUAUUUGCUGGAAAACUAUUAUAACUGCCUCCUUUGUUUUGGAACCUAUACUAAUAUUUACAGGCUCUAUAUCACAGCUUACCACUUACAGAGUAUGCUAAAGGUGCAACAUGCACAUUAUCAAAGAUAUGAAGUAAGUCAAAAACAAAAUUUGCAUAGAAAACAUCUUAUAACAUGUAUAAAACAUAAAUAAUGCAUCAUUUUGUGCUUAUCAUAAAUUCUAAGUUUUGAAUUGAAUUAUACUUGUGCUUUAUAGUAGUAGUAUUUUAUAAUAAAACCAGGAUUAUAAACUGCUUUGAUCCAAAAUGUAUUUUAUAUUAUCUUAAAACUAAAAAAGUUUUAUUCUACUAUGCUGACUAGCUAUAAUUGCAGCCAAAUUAAAAUAUGACACAUUAUAAAGUUGAAAAAAGAAAUUGAAACAGUAUAUUUAAAAUAAAUAUACAUAUUGACUACAGAGUUGAUGAUUUGUAACACUAGUCUCGAGUACUGGGCGUUUGCACUGAUUAUCCAGCACCAACACAGCGGCAUCACCAAAUCGGUGGAAUAGAUUUUUUUUUAUAAUUUUUUUUUUACUUUGUAUGCAACCAGACUUAUGAUGUCUCUACACUGGUGUAAAUUUACGCCCACUGGCAACUAUACAGAUCACUAAUCAAUUCUACAUUUGAUAUUGAUGUUCAACCAAUAUUAACAAUUAUCAGUGAGACUAGAAAAAUGACUAAAGUAGCACUGAAUAUAUACAUAUUUAAUAUAUGAUCUGUGAUAAAAUGGAAAUUAAUAUAAUCAUUGAUUCUAACAGUUUCAAUGACUCAGUUUUAGUGGAAUUUGCAGUAAUUAUAAGCUUGUAACUGAAAUAUAGAUUUUAAUUAAUCGCACAUGGACAUAUUUUUUUUGUAAAUUUUUUAUAUACACAAUAUUGAUAAAUUGUGAAAAAAAAUCUAUAAAAAAAAACAUGAAACAGAAGCAAGCAUACUAUUUAUACUAUUUACAACAUUAAUCAACAACAUCUAAGUAAAUCAGUCCCUUUAUGUGGCACAGUGAUCAAUUCACUACAGCAUUCUUAGUCCUUAUAAACUAAUAACACAUUAAUUACAAUAUAAAAGAUUCGACUGAUAUAUUACUUCGCUGAGAAUGAGGUAAGCUCUCGAGUCUAACAAAACAGUGCUAUAAGGCACUGGGCAGAAAGCUAUUAUUUUACAUCGCGGCCUACGAUUUGCAAUCAAACUUCUAUUCGUGGCGCAACAGAAUUGUUAUUGUUUAAGCCUAAAGCUUUUAUUUCAAUUGCUAAGUGUUUUCAUAAAAAGAACUAUUAAAAUGUGUAGUCAAUAGAUAAACGACGGCCUCGUAAGUUGACAUCAUUAUCGCUGUGUUUGGUAUUUGGCGCACCAGCUGAGUGCCUAAGCCCCUAAAAAAGAAAAAAAAAGGCACAAUCAAUAUCUGUGAAAUGGUAAAAAAACAACGUUGUAGUAUUUUGUU